AUGCAAAUAGAUAAAGGCAUUGAUACAAUCGAGUUUCAAAUCCAAUCCAAAUCCGACCUUGCGAUGUUACAGAUUCGUGCAAGAACUCAAGUUAUUGUAUGUGAUAAAAAUCAUUCGUCUCCCCCUCCACCACACUGUGAGCAAAUGUCUAUUUUAUGUAUUACACGUGAUUUAGAUGCUUUCAAGGAAUUUAUGAGUCAUUUAAAUUCGAAAAAAAGUGUCAAGAAAAAGCCAAUGGAUGACGAUAAAUUUAAAAAUUUAAUUGAAAAAUAUUUUGACUCUGAUUUGAACGUGCUUCCACCUGGAAAGAUUAAAAAUCCGCUGUUGAAAACGCAAUUGUUGAGUCGAAAUACAUCUCCGCAAAUUUCUAGAUAUGGAAAGGGAAAGGAAAUAUGUAGAAAUACUUCAAUAUCAUCUUCAAUAUCAUCUUCAAUAUCAUCAUCUUCAACAUCUCCUUCAACUAGUUCAACAAACGCUACUUCACCACCUUCAAAUACGAAUUCAAAUUACUUAAGUAAUUCAACGGAUGAAGAAGUUAUCAUUGUGAAAAGAAAUCGUAAGAGAUCUGGUUCAUCGGAUUUGACAAACGGGACCGAAGUGGAUCGUGAGCCGAAUAAUGAUUUUUCUGCAAGAUUCAAUGGAAUUCGUCUUAGGAAAAAAUAUAAAUCUUCAACAGACAUUGUGACGUAUUCAAGCCGUAGGUCUAGUUAUAAUCCCAAAUCAUCAAGAACUUUCGAUGACGGUUUUAUAAUUUCUCCGAGCAAAAGGCGUAGUGGUUUAAUUUCAACUCAAACUCGUCAAAGGAUGGAUUCGUCUUUGGAUCAGUACGGGGAUCCUGAUGUAGUAGUACUUGACAGUCCUGAUAGAGGAUCAAGAGCUCCAUCGGAAAUUUUUACAUCAGAAUUUGUGUCUGGUGUUUCACAGAGACCUAUUAGACGAGACCCAAACAG